UUCACAACUUAUAAUUGCUAUAUUGAGAAAAAUAAAAGAUGGGUUUGAAAGGAAAAUUGAUUGCUUCUGUUGAGGUGAAGUGUGGAGGCCAUCUGAUGCAUGAUCUUUUACACACUAAUUCUCAUCAUGUAGCCAAUAUAAGUCAACAUGUUAACCAUUUUCAAAUUCAUGAAGGCGAAAGCGUAAAAGUUGGUUCGAUUGUUAGCUGGAGUUAUAGUGAGGCUGGACAAAAGAAGUUUAUGAAGCAAGUUAUUGAAGCCAUCGAUCCGUACAAAAAGUCAAUUUGUUGGAAAGUCAUUGAAGGAGACGUGCUAGAGAUGUAUAGUUCAUUUACUAUUAUAACAUCUCAUGAACCUCAGUGGACUAUAUGGACACUUGAUUAUGAAAAGAAAACUGAAGACAUUCCAGAGCCGCUCAGUUUUAUGGGUCAUAUCCUUGACAUAAUCAAGGAUAUGGAGGGUCACCUUCUCAAGAAUUAGAAGAUCUAUGUUGUUAUAUAUUUAUAUAUGUGUGUGUGUAUGUGUAUCUAUAUGCAUAAACAUAUCUAUAUGUAUUGGUGUUUGUAUGAAGAAUAAUUUGCAAUAUUGGCUACAUUAGCUAGCAUGUGAAAUAAAUAAUGUAAUAUUUGA